GACACCUAUGCCUAGAAUGCGAAAGCGGGGUGACGUCAUUGUCUUGACGGCGAACGGUGUUGCAAACUUGCAAAGUAAAGGUAAGCAGCGUUUUAGUUCGUCAUGGUGACAAAGGCUUUUAAAGGGUCCAAUGCAGAAGGUUGAGGUAUUGGGGAUGACGAAAUUAUAUUUUGUUGGGUACGGUACGUACUACGUACACAGUCCGUUCGCCAACACGUCGAGCGCGGGUCCCGCCAUCCGAUCAUUCGACCAUCCACACCCUUUAAGGUGGGCUGAGCACGACGCAACUCUUAUUGGACUGCUACUUAAAGGCGAAAAACCUCACAAAUUCCCUUCAACUCGAUUUCGAGACACCGGCUUGAGUCAAUCGCUCUCACACAAACCAGCUUAACGUCAUUAGCAGAGUCCAUACACAAUGCCUGAAAUAAUACUGGCAAUCAACGCUGGCUCAUCCAGUGUCAAGAUUUCCGUUUACAAGACCCCAGAAGGUAGCUCGGAUGUACCGGUACAGCUUGCAGAAGCAUCCGUGGAUGGACUCACCUCCCCUCCUGCCAAGCUCAGAUACUCGCGCGGCGAUGAAGUCAUCAAGGGUAAAGAGCUAGAAGAUAUCUCAACACAAAAGGAUGCAUUUACAUACAUCUUGGAUCACUUGACCCAGGACAAUGGCCUUCGCGAACUAAACCACAAGGAUGAUAUCCAUUUCAUCUGCCAUCGCGUUGUGCAUGGUGGCGACUAUCCACGAUCCCAAGUCAUUGACGAAGAAACCUAUCACCACAUCGAAGAAUUGAGUGACCUGGCGCCAUUGCACAACGGACCUGCUCUCAGCAUCGUCCGCGCAGUCGCCGACACUCUGCCUCAUGCAAAGAACAUUGCGUACUUCGACUCCUCGUUUCACAAUACGCUACCAGUACACGUUUGCACCUAUCCAAUCGACCAGUCUGUCGCAAAGCGAAACAAGCUCCGCAAAUAUGGAUUCCAUGGCAUAUCGUACUCGUUCAUCGUGCACGCUGUGUCAGCUCACUUGAAGAAGCCCGUGGACAAGCUCAACAUCAUAGCUCUACACCUUGGCUCCGGCGCAAGUGCAUGUUGCAUCCAUAGCGGCAAGAGUAUCGACACAUCAAUGGGACUAACACCUCUCGCCGGCUUGCCCGGCGCAACAAGAUCCGGCAGCAUCGAUCCGAGUUUAAUGUUCCACUUUACCCACAGCGCCGGAAAACCAAGUCAUAGUUCAGGCACGCAGCUACAAAUCACCCAGGCCGAGGAAAUCCUGAACAAGAAGAGCGGGUGGCAGAGUCUGACUGGAACCACGGACUUUGGGAAGAUCAGCGCGAGUGACCGUCCCGAGGACAAGUUGGCCUUUGAUAUCUUCGUAGACCGCAUUGGGAACUAUGUUGCUCCGUACUUCACCAAACUGGAUGGAAAGGUGGAUGCAUUGGUGUUCGCUGGAGGCAUUGGCGAAAAGGGGUCCAGGUUGAGGAAAGAGGUUGUGCGAGGCGUAAAGUGUCUGGGUUUUGAGAUUGAUGAAGCCAAAAACGAACAAUCAGUGGUGGAUGUAGUGACGGAUAUUAGCGGUAUGGGCUCGCGAUAUAAAACGCUGGUAGUUCAGACGGACGAACAACUGGAGAUGGCGAAAGGAGUGUUGGCCGACAAGAAUCGAUUUGUAGGAAAGAAGUAGAUGUUAGAGUACAAACUCAAAAGCACGACUCAACAUGCUGACGAGUCGCGAGGUGGAAGAUGGUACUUCAUUCUCGGAGCAACAAGGUUCUUAGAUUUUGCACAACGUUUGCAAUGUCUCUCUAGUGCUUGCCGAUGUAUCUUUGACAAUUUUGAUGAUCUGUUUGAACCUGAGCUGCGUUAGCUUAUACAGUUUGAAGUACAGGAUGAGGUGUAAGGCCUUGACUCAC